AGGGUGUAUUCGUUGGAGAGAGAAGUGAAAUAGCCAAAGUGCUAACUUGCAGGAAACGAAAUACCCUUUUUUUGUGCUUAGGGCUUCCUUUCCAAUCUCUAGUCCACUAGUUCGAGAACAUCCAGAGCGAGUGAGCGAGCGAGAGGUUCUUCAAACAAUCUGCUAAGCUAAAAAUCUAGGGUUUGUUCUCGAUUCAUCUUUCAUUAUGGCUCCUGAUCCAAACGGUGCGAGUGGCAGCGGAAGCACUCGAGAGGAUGCUUCGGUCAAGGUACCCUCCAAGGACCUCAAGAAGAAGGAUGACAAGAAGGACGAAGAUCUCUCGGAGGAAGAUUUGGCCUUGAAGGAGCAAUUGGAGUUGUAUGUGGAGAGGGUUCAGGACUCCGAUGUUGGGUUGCAGAAGGUCGCCCUCGAGAGUAUGAGGCAGGAGAUAAGGACUUCAACCAGCUCUAUGACUUCAGUUCCAAAGCCUUUAAAGUUUUUGCGUCCACAUUAUGGUACUCUAAAAGCUUAUUAUGAAACAAUGGCUGAUUCAGAACUACAGAAAUUCCUAGCAGAUAUACUUUCUGUUCUGGCAAUGACCAUGUCUGCAGAAGGAGAACGGGAGAGCUUAAAGUACAGACUGCUGGGUUCUGAAGGCGAUAUAGGCUCGUGGGGCCAUGAAUAUGUCAGGAACUUGGCUGGAGAAAUAGCACAAGAGUAUACAAAACGACAGAGCAAAGAGGCCCUUAUCGAUGAUCUAAUGGAACUUGUACAACAAAUUGUUGCUUUCCACAUGAAGCACAAUGCUGAAUAUGAGGCUGUAGAUCUUUUGAUGGAGGUUGAAGACCUUGAUUUGUUAGUGGAACAUGUGGACAAAACAAACUAUAAAAGGACAUGCCUGUACCUCACCAGUGCAGCAAGAUACCUUCCUGGACCAGAUGAUAUGCUAGUUUUGGAUAUUGCGUACAUGAUCUAUCUAAAAUUUGAAGAGUACCCAAGUGCACUUCAGAUUGCUCUAUUUCUUGACAACAUGCAGUAUGUGAAGCAGGUAUUUACAUCCUGUGAUGAUCUGCUACGAAAGAAGCAAUUUUGUUACAUCCUUGCUCAACACGGUAUUACUUUUGAGCUUGAUGAAGAGAUGGCUGCAGAUGAAGACGAAAGGGAGGCAUUGCAAGAAAUUAUCAACAAUACUAAGUUAAGUGAAGGUUAUCUUACACUUGCUCGUGAUAUAGAGGUCAUGGAGCCCAAGUCGCCUGAGGAUAUUUAUAAGGCACAUUUGCUCGAUGGCCGGGCUAGUGCUGGUGCAAAUGUUGAUUCAGCCAGACAGAACUUGGCAGCUACAUUUGUUAAUGCAUUUGUUAAUACUGGCUUUGGUCAGGAUAAGCUAAUGACAGUCCCAGCGGAGGCUUCAAGUGGUGGUUCUUCAGGAAACUGGCUCUUUAAGAAUAAAGAACACGGAAAAGCCAGUGCUGCAGCAAGUCUGGGUAUGAUUCUGCUUUGGGAUGUUGAUUCUGGACUUGCCCAACUUGACAAGUAUUUCCACAGUAAUGACAACCAUGUCAUAGCCGGUGCAUUGUUGGGAGUAGGUAUUGUGAACUGCGGUAUCAAGAAUGACUGUGAUCCUGCAUUGGCACUUCUUGCUGAUUAUAUAGAUAAAGAGGAUUCUUCUGUCAGAAUUGGUGCAAUAAUGGGUCUGGGCCUUGCUUAUGCUGGUGCCCAAAAUGAGCAGAUCCGUAGUAAAUUGACUCCUAUCCUUGGAGAUAACAAAGUGCCUCUUGAUGUGAUUGCGUUCACUGCUAUUUCAUUGGGCUUGGUAUAUGUUGGUUCCUGUAAUGAAGAGGUUGCUCAGGCAAUUAUAUUUGCAUUAAUGGACCGAAGUGAAUCAGAAUUGGGGGAGCCCCUCACUCGACUUUUGCCUCUUGGCCUUGGCCUUCUAUACCUUGGGAAGCAGGAAAGUGUGGAGGCAACAGCAGAGGUUUCUAAGACAUUUAAUGAGAAAAUUAGGAAAUAUUGUGACAUGACCCUACUUUCCUGUGCUUAUGCUGGAACUGGGAAUGUGCUCAAGGUCCAACACCUUCUGGGUCAAUGUGCCCAACAUCUUGAGAAGGGAGAAACCCAUCAGGGACCAGCUGUACUUGGAAUUGCUAUGGUAGCAAUGGCUGAAGAAUUGGGACUUGAAAUGGCUAUUCGCUCAUUAGAGCAUCUAUUACAGUAUGGAGAGCAGAAUAUCCGAAGGGCAGUUCCUUUGGCUCUUGGUCUUCUUUGUAUAUCAAACCCUAAGGUCAAUGUUAUGGAUACAUUAAGCAGACUUAGUCACGAUACAGAUACAGAAGUAGCAAUGGCUGCCGUCAUCUCCUUAGGGUUGAUUGGUGCUGGAACCAACAACGCUAGAAUAGCUGGCAUGCUUCGCAAUCUUUCGAGUUACUACUACAAAGAAGCUAGCCUUCUUUUUUGUGUACGAAUCGCCCAGGGUCUUGUACAUUUGGGAAAAGGCUUGUUGACUCUUGCUCCAUAUCAUUCUGAGCGCUUUUUGCUAUCCCCAACGGCACUGGCUGGAAUAGUAACCUUGCUGCAUGCAUGUCUUGAUAUGAAAGCGAUCAUAUUGGGGAAAUAUCAUUAUGUUCUUUACUUCCUCGUUUUGGCAAUGCAGCCAAGAAUGCUACUGACAGUAGAUGAGAACUUGAAACCUCUGUCAGUACCUGUGCGGGUGGGCCAAGCUGUCGAUGUUGUUGGCCAGGCAGGUCGACCCAAGACCAUUACUGGUUUCCAGACCCACUCAACACCAGUUCUUCUGGCUGCUGGUGAUAGAGCAGAGCUUGCUACUGAGAAGUAUAUUCCACUCUCUCCCAUUCUUGAAGGCUUUGUCAUUUUAAAAGAGAACCCAGACUACCGUGAAGACAAUUAACUAUUGACGAGCAUACAAGUGGAGCUGUUUUGAUUCAAAAUGCAACUGUGUCCAGACCCACAGACUUGGGGCUUUGUGAGAUCUUAUCUUGUUUGGGAUGAGGCUCAAGUCCAACCCUUCUGAUUUAUAUUUUCUGAGUUUCACCCAAUGGACUGUGUGUUGGUAGCGCUACCUGUUUUCAUAACUAUAUGAAAAAUAGAGAAAAAAAGUGGGAGAGGGGAGCGGUAGGGGGUUUCGGUUUGCUUUGCCUGGACUGUUUUUGUACAUGCUGUGUACCGGAAUAUUAUGGAUGAAAAGCAUGAGCUGGUUUACAUUUUUAUUCUACUUUUAAAUUAUGAGGGUAAUUUAAAUUUGUUAUGAUGACUUUGACCACUUCAAUGGGAAGCCAAUACAUUCUGCUAUGUUUCUUUUGAUUA